GGACGACGAUGCAACGCCACCAUUAGACAACCGCCAGUUUGUUCAGCCGCAUAGGGGAAUCUGCAAUCCAAGAACCGCUCAACAUGAUGAAAUUGAUGCUAGUCGUUGGCUCGAUGGCCCUACUCUUCGCACUGGCCAGUGCCCGGCCCCAAAACGAUGUGGAAGUUCUGGAGUACGAAUCGGAGAACACUGGCCUUGGCGGCUAUAAGUUCAGCUAUAAAUUAAGCGAUGGCACUAGCCGUACAGAGGAGGGCGUGGUCAACAACGCUGGCACCGAUAACGAAUCGAUAUCCAUCCGUGGAUCCGUCAGUUGGGUGGCACCCGAUGGCCAAACAUAUACCAUUAACUUUGUGGCCGACGAGAACGGUUUCCAGCCAGAGGGCGCACAUCUGCCCAAGUAGAUGGUCGCUCCCCUUUGGCGAUCCUGUAUAUACCACCAAUCCAAAACAAAAGCAAACAUGAUCCCAAUCAACCCGGCCAUAGAGUGAGGUGCUGAAGUCCUGUCCGGAGGAGCUGUCCCUUGUCCCGUGGCAGCCAGUCGGUCAGUCAGUUAGUAAGUCGAUCAGUCAGUCAAGUCAGUGUCGUGCAUUGUUUUCUUUAUUCCUUGUUACUCGCAUUAAAGCCGAACUUUCGAUUCUCGAA